AUGUCGUCCCCGACCCCUUCCUCAAGCGUUAACGGCAGCAAGGAUUUCGCAAACGCACUAGCGGAGAAGUACACUACCGACUUCCCAGUCCAUCAGCCACUUUUGCCACAACAGCCAUCACCAGCGGUACUCGACACCGUCCUUCUAGUUGGUAGCCGCGGCGGCAUAGGAGCCAAUCUACUCUCUCAGCUUCUCAGACGACAUUGUGUCCGCAAAGUCUACGCUCUGAAUCGUAAUCACGACGACGGGAGGACUAGCCAGGAGAGGCAGAGGGACGAGCUUCACCUGCAGGGCCUGGAUCCCUCGUUGGCGGAGAGUGAGAAGCUGGUCUUACUAGAAGGGAAGACCUCACACGCUACUUUGGGGUUGACCAGAGACAUGUUUGAUGAGAUCUCUAAGUCCGUCACUGCAAUCAUAGUGAAUGGUUGGCGUGUUGAAUUCCGCUCUCCUCUCUCGGAGUUCGAGGACUUGAUCGAUGGGAUUCGGAACCUCAUCAACAUUGCUCUGAGGUCGCCACAAUCUCAGCCACCGUACUUCCUUUUCUGCUCGUCGCUCGCUUUACUCCAAGACCUCGACAUCCCUUCACCAAUCCCUGAAACCUUUCUUGAAGAUGCACCACCUGUUUGGGUCUCUGGUGAAGGCUACCGCCGCUCGAAGUGGGUUGUAGAAAGCAUCAUCAAAGACGCCAUGAAGAAGGCAGCUCUGCGCGCUACCGUAGCCCGUAUAGGACAGAUCAGCGGUAGCAUAAACGGAUACUGGAAGACGGAUGAGUGGUUCCCUAUCAUGGUAAAGUCGAGCCAAUACCUUGGUUGUCUACCAAUGGAGGAUCGAUGGACAGCAUGGAUCUCCGCGCCUCUUGCUGCAUCCACAAUUAUCGACCUCAUAGGCUCCAACGUCCCUGUCUGCCACAUCGUCCACAGCCACCCUAUCCCAUUCACCUCCAUCCUCCACCCUCUUUCCAGACUCCUCAAUGUCGAACUCGUCUCCCGAACCGAGUGGUUCCGCCGACUCGAAUCCAGCACGUCGAAAGAUCUUACAAAAGAAAUGAAGAAGGCCAACCCUGCCGUCCGAAUGCCUUCUUUCUUCCUUAUGUGCAUGACGAAAUCGUACCAAGGUGCUUUCAACCUCCCAAUCGUGCGGUCUGUAGAAGCGGAGAAAGGGUCGGAGAGCCUGAGGCGGGCAAAGGAGAGACCUACGGAUGGAGAGGACGUGAGGCGGUGGGUUGACUACUGGCAGAAGAUGGGAUUCCUUCGUCGUGCUGGAGAUGACGGCUCCGGGGACAGGUUGAAAGCGAAGCUCUGA